CUUAAAGAGAAAGGCCAGAGUGGACAGAUCAGCCAUUCAUCCACACAGGCAGCCUGGGUUUCGUACCUUCUCUGUGAUGGUGUGAAAGUGAGUGUAAAUGGUUAUCUGUCUCGGUGUGUCCCCUGUGAUUAGCGGCCAGUUAAGGGUGUAUGUAGUCCGCCUUUUGCCUCAAGUCACCUGAGGGUAGGUUGCAGUUCUGCUGCCGACCCUGAACAGGCUCAGCGGUGUAGAAAAUGGAUGGAUGGGUGGACGGGAGCUGAAGUGGUUAUUGUGUCAGGGCUCUGCGCUGGAGACUCUGUGGGAGCAGUGCUGCAGCGACUGCGCUCCGGUGCGCUCGGCCUGCUGCGACGCCGUCGUGCUGCUGGUGGAUCAAGGCCACGCCGACCUGCACCAAGUCCUUAACGGCGUCCUCAACCUACUGCCGUCUGCGAGGAAUGGCCAGGGGCUGGUUAAAGUCGUGGGGCUGCUGCUACAGAUGCAAGCGGACCGCCGAGACCGGGAAAAACACUUCACUUGUCCUUACGGCAUCAGGAGUAGUCCCCACCCAUACAUAACAGCACUGGAGAACCGUCCGGAUUGCUGGACUGCCAUUCUCUCGGUGAUGGAUGACUUUGUUCAGCUGGCUGUUGACAGAAACGAGCCCGCCUACGUCGCCAUGCUGGUCCCCUUCCUACGCUACCUCUACUGCCAACCAGAGAGGCGGCCUGAGCACAGCCUCCUCCGACAGGGUCUCCUCCGGACGUUGCUUCCCACAGAUCCGGUCGGCGCACCCGUCCCUCAGAACAAGGAGCAGGAUGAGAACUCGCCGGUGUCCGACAGCCUGCUCCGGUGCCUCUGCCAGCUGGUGCCGCGCAUGCCGGUGGACUGUGUGGAGGCGGUGCUGGAGCUGCACUGGUUCAUCCGCGCUCUGCUUCCCAGUCUGUCCAAGAAGCGCGAAGAGCCGUGGACGAGCGAGAGAGGGCGUCUCCUGCUCCAGCUGCUCUGCGCCUCUCAGCGUUGCCUCAGCUUCAACGGAGACUGUCGGCCUCUCGUCGGCUUGAUGACGCAGUUCAUCCCGACUUGCCCGCAGGAGCUGUCUUUGGAUGAGCUGUUAAUGGGUCUAGCCUUGCUACUUUUCGAGGCCCCCGCAGCACAGCAGAGUAGCCUACUCAGUCUAGUGCUAACUUUAGUGCCCGAGCACACUGAGCUGUCGCAGUGGUUGAGUCCCGUCCUGGUUCUUCCCGUGCUGCAGCUCCUGUCCUGUUCAGAUCUCACUGAGCCACUUGCGGAGCGCCGCACACACAACCUCAACCGGAAAUUGGCUCAGAGCGUGCUCAGCAGCGUCAGUAGGCAGACCGCGAGACUCCAGCAGUCUCGUCUACCAGAGUCACUUCUUCUCACUCCCUGGUCCAGCGAACUGAGAGCGGCCGUGUCCACACUGCGUCAAGCGGUCGAUCACCCAUCGGCGGCCGUCGACUGGCUCCUCUCGCUCACCUCGGCCCUGUCGUCAAAGCAGCGCCUGCCGAGCUCCCUCGCCCUCAUCGUCACCCACCUCCUCCUCACUGGUCCGGACGACGUCUGCCGGUUGGCUUUGGACGCCGUACGGGCCAUUGCGGCCGCCGACGCCCACCAGGUGCCAUCCCUUCUUCCAGUGCUGCUGUUCAAGCUGGGGAAAGAAAAGAAUCCACUCCUGUGUAACGCAGUGCUCGACUGCCUGCCAAACCUUGGGACCCACAAGCUGUGUGUACCCACGGUGCUGCAGACUCUCAGCAUGCUGGCCAGCAACCUUAAACUCAAAGCAGCGGCCAUGCGGCUCACGACCGCUCUUUGGAAAAAACAGGACCGCGUUUACCCCGAGCUGCAGCGUCUGCUGGCUCAGCAGGACAACAGGGCGGUGAUGGGGAGGGAAACCCAGUGGGAGCAGGUGCUGGGCCGAGCGGCCUGUCUUCGAGACAUCUGCCGAGAGAGGCCUUACCAGCACGGAAGUGACAUGUUGGCCGCCAUCGCGUUGACUCUGAAGCAAUGCGUCAGACCCGACCAGGUGACCCCUGCGGUGCUCGCCCUGCAAGGACUACAGGAGCUGUGCCGUGCGGAGGUCGUGGACAUCGUGUCGACAUGGAGAAGUCUCGGACCGGAACUGAGGUGCGACUCCCGUCCACUGAUGGUCAAGACCAUCUCUCAGCUUCUGGCUCUGGUUCCGCAACUCGCCGUCAUGUCUGAGGAGUAUGAGAAACUAAAGGAGGAAGCGGUCAGCCUUCUCUGGAGUUAUGCUGUGAACAAGGAUCCAGAGGUGGCCAGCUGUUGUUUUCAGGCCUUGGCAGACUUCCCGGAAGCGGUUCACACGAUAAAUCAUCUCCCCGAGGCAGCCAGGCCUGUUGUGGAGCCGCCUGAGCUCGAGGACGACGAGCAGUCUGGGGAGGAGGAAGAGAAAGACCUGUCAGUCAUGGGUUCGUCGUAUGUAAAGUUGCUGACUCUCACCCCCUCGCCUGCUCUACCAGGCUUGGAGCUCUUCCUGACUUCACUGGUCAAGCAGGAGAUGAGCCAGAUGCCGAGGGGGGUGUACUUUUCCGCCCUGCGGGGGGCCGGCCUGCGUUCGGACCAGGGUAAAACUAUGGCGGGAAUCCCAGCGUUCAUGCUGAAGUCCUACGAGAAGAACAAGCAGCCGGGGCUCAAGCAAGGACUAGCAGCUGGCCUGUUGCUGUGCUAUGAUCUACCGCAGCAGACGGAUCGCGAGGGCCGCCCCAUCCUCCGCCACCUGCUCAGCCGCAGCCGAAGCUAUCAGCAAACCAUGACCGCCCUCGUUCACGAAGUGAACAUUCAGCCAUCCGAAUGGCACCGCGCGCUGCUCCUGCCUCAGGCGUGGCGCGGUUUCAUGAAUCGCACUUUCCAUGCAGUCCUCGAGGGUCGACGUGCUGAUCUGGAAAUGCAGCGCAAAAAAGACCAAGAAGACCCAGAAGAGCUGCAGUACAAACAACACUGUGCCUGGCUGUGGGCCAGAGAUCACUUAACAAAUACCAUCAAAAGUGCAACAAAGGACAGUCCUGUUAUUCAAGGAAACUCCGUACUGGCUCUGAGUGCCCUGGCUGCCGUCCUGGCUAAAUAUGAACGCAACCUGCCUGCCGACGACGACGCCGGCCUCCGAGUUGGACCAGAGUUUGUGCCCACAAGCAGCUGGUUGGCGAUGGUGCUUGACACUCUGCUCAGCAUCAUCAGCAGCAGCUACAAGGCCAAAAGACAAGUGUUUCCAUGGUACCUGCAUCGCUCCUAUUCGGGUGAGAACACUGCGAGCGCCAUCGCCCGUUCCUGCGCCAGUCUGGCGCUGUCCCUGCUGGUGCCGGCGCUGGUUCUGUGGCAUCAAGACAGUCUGAACCAGGUCGUGUCCGCGCUGCAGUCCGGCCUGCCCGGGUCGCCCGCCGCCGACAGCUCUCAGGCUAUUCAGUUCCACUCCGGCCUUGCUCUUGGCAUGGUUCUGUCCGGCCUGCAUCAUCAGCGCCUCAGUGACGUCACCCCUCAGAAGGACACUGACCUCCUCCUCGAUGCUCUGUUGUCUCUGGAAGCUUGCUCUUUCGACUCCGACGCGGAGUACAAUACCGGCUGCAUGUUGGGUCUGGGUCUGCUGCUUGCAGCGCUUUGCAGUGACGGGCAGACACACCAACACGCCCGUGUCACUCAAACACUGGACAAACUCCGAAGCGCCCUGCAGGAUAGCGGCGGACAGGGGCGCAUGCUGCAGGAGGUUUUGGCGUACUCGGUGGCGUGCGUCAGCGUCUCGGCCUUUAGCUGCGGCGUCAUCGAUCCCGGCAAGGCGGACGAGGUCGUGGAUACUCUGCGCACCUUGACGGAGGACAGCCAGCAGACUCCAGGCUUCUCUAUGGCACUGGGCCUCGUGGUCCACGGCCUGUCACUGUGCGGCCACGGCAAAGCGGAGGACCUACAACCUCGUCUGCUGGCUGCCUGGGUUAAGAUUUUACUGAAGGAGGGUUGUCCCACCAUGCAGCGCCUGGCCGCUCUUAACGGACUGGUGGCCUUAGUGGGAUCCGAGAGUUACCUCAUUCAGCUCAAGAGCGAACUGGAACUUUCCUCCAAUCAGCAGAGCCGACUUAACGAGGUCAUCCGGGCCGUCUCGCAGAUUGUGACCUUCUCAGGAGCGAUUGGCUUGCAGUCCAACUGUGCCUGCCUGCUGGGCCACUUGCAUUUGUCGCACGUGUUCAGCAGUCACAGUCACACAGCAGUGCCUCAGGAUUUUAGUUACCUCGCUGAGAAAAGCGUCAUCAGGGCCGUCGUGGAUUUGCUCACAGAGGCGGGAAAGAAAGGUCCUGAGUUUGCGCAUCCGAGUGUGGUGGAAACCGCACUGAAGCCUCUGGCCUCAGUCGGAGCCGCCGUCCAGUACCCGCCCGUCAACUGGAGCGCCAUCUUGUCCCCUCUGAUGAGACUCAGCUUUGGUGAGGAGGUUCAGCAUCAAUGUGUGGCGCUGGCUGCAGCUCAAGCUCAGUAUUCCCAGAGUGCAUCACUCUUUCUGGGUUCCUGGCUGUCCUCUCCUCUUGUGUACAGUCUCAGUUAUCAGACACGGGCCCUCUUGCACGAGAGCCUGUCCUCGUGGAUGAAACAUGUCGCCGAAGACAAGCUCCAGUUCUUCGUGGACACUCUGGGCCUGCGGACCUUCCGGGAGGACCUCGGACCUCAGCGUCUCUCCCUGCGACGCUCUCUGCUGCGGGGCCUUGCCCAAGCCAUGGCCGCGCCCAACCCCCCCAGCGCAUGCUGGACCGUCCUGUGUUCCGCCACCGAGAAGAUCUUCACCCUCCUUCCCGACCAGAUAGAGGAUAGUGAAGUGGAAUUCUAUGUGGGAGUCGCCGAAUGUUUGUCCGAGAUGUCUGAUACGGAGAUUGACCGCAUCGCGAGUGCCACAGAGACACAGAUGGAGAAAACCUGCUUCGUCUUGGCCUACCUGGCAUCCCGGGGCAGGAUUCCCCUGCUGGGUCUGAAUGACGUCAUCGCCAGCGUGCUCCGCGGUUGGCCGAGCCACCGGGUAGGCUGGAUCCUCCUGCAGACAUUCUACCAGUGUCGCCUGGCUGCCAGUGUCAAUACAGGCGUUUCAAAACGAAUGGAGUGGCUGCUAGAGUUGAUGGGGCUCAUCCGGAAUGUCGCCUACGGUGCCGCCAUUGUCACGUGCGGGAACACCAAACUGGCCACCGACUUCCUGUUCCAAGUCUUCGCCGCCACCGUCGUUUCCUGGGCCGACCACUCCGUGCCCCUCCUGCUCGGGAUCAGGGCCCGCUGGUUCCCGUGGCGACCGGCCUCGAAGCCCGCGGCGCUCCCGCACGCCCUGUACGGCGCGGAGUCGCUGACGGAGCACGCUCUGCCGCGAUGCCUGCUGGGAUUGCCACGCAGCUUGCCCCCGCUCCUCGACAAAGAACCCUGGAGCGGCCAGUCGCCCAAGUUCAUAGACUGGCUUCUCAGCAUCGUGGAAGGACCCGAACAAAGUCUGUCGGCGACAACAAUCGACACGGCCCGGGCGGCUCUGUUGGCCCUGCGGCGCUCCCCCGAGUUCAAGAAGAAAUCGGUGUGGACCAGAGCGUAUGGCUGGUAGUCUACGAUGUGUUUGACGGCUGGAUGUUUUCGUAGUGUGCCAGCGUGCACCUCAGCAAGUCCAAGAUGUUCCAGAAGAAGAGCUGCGCGCACACGACCGGUUUGCUCUGAACCUCGUCCACCAGGAUGAGCAUGAUCAGGAGGAGGUUUUUCUCCAAAACCUGGACGAAGAGAUGGUGACUUUCAGGCCUUGUCAAACCACGUUUGGGUGACUGAUGUGAUUUCUUGUACUUGGAUGAGGCGUGGGAGCAGUCUGGCCUUCUCAAUCCCGUCGGCGAUGUGGAAAAGCUCCAAGACAGAGAGCAGCUGGCAGAGACUCAUGACGAAACCGACUGAGUGAAACGUGUCUACUAGAGCAUCUGUACAGGCAAAAAAAAAAAAAAAAAAAAUGAUUUAUUAUAGUUCUUACAUGUUCUAACACAGGCAUCAUAUUCAACAAUUGGUGUUGCUAAAAAGAAGAAACUAUCGAUCUUGGCCUCCACAAAAAAGAAGAAACUAUUGAGUCUACAUAUAUGUGCCUUCACCGUCAUAACUGAGGCAACCCAAGUUUGCCACGAGUGUAACCUCAACGCCGUCGAGCUGACCUUGUCCGAAGGUGAGAAACCUGACGACCGUGUUCGUCAGUAUCCACGUGUGUCCGCAGAACUGGAACAGGUUGUAGGAGAAAAUGUAGGCCAGCCUGACACUGAACCUGCAUGUAAAAAUUAAAAUGACAAAAGGCAACAAAAUGCACUCGCUCCUCAACUUACGAAUUUGAAAUACCGCACGAGCCGUAUUGAAAAAUAUGAAUGCAACUGCCGCCGUCACGGUCCACUGUCUAAUCUACGUGUAUUUCGUAUGCACUGGAUGUACGUAGUAUAUGCCAGAAGGAGCAGCACAAUGUCCAUUGAAUUAAAGCAAGAAAUCAU